GUGAAGCGUAGUGGUCGUUGAUGGUGAGAGCGGUUAAUUCGUGUUGUGGAGCAAUUGAAGUUUAUGGUGGCCGAAUAAAAACUGCGGUCGAGGGAUGUUUUGCCCGUUUUGUGGCAAACACAUGAGUACUCUAACGCGGUUUUGUUUUACGUUCGGUAGAUGUUUCGAGUUUUUAAAGGACGCAGACCAGACGGAAACACCUGGGAUGUCUCGACCGCCGGACCGUGCCAAGCAAGCAGAACAACCAUGCCCAUCAUACAAACGUUUCAUGGAGUACAGAAACCUAAAGUCAAAUGAACGGCAAUCUUGUAACUAUGGGCCAAAAGGAAGAUACAAGCCUAAAGAAAGAAAACAAGUCCAGAUAAAUGUAGGAGUGAUGGUGCCACAUGGAAGUGAUUUAAAACCUCUAAGGGGGAAAACACUUCCCUUAUUUACAGACCCCGACGUAGCAGCACCUGAUUUGCUAAAACAUGCUGUAGAGAAAAUAAGAACAUUUAACAAGGACAUGCCAGAAGGACCUUACGUACUUUUGUAUCCAGACUGCUCAGAGGUGGACUAUGUGCCUGGAUCAGACAGGCCAUUCAAAUUGUCAGAAUAUAAAAAGGAAAUAGGAAAGGCAUAUGCCAGGAUCACUUUUUUCAUUUGUCUAGAAAAACACUAUAAAAGAGUGGAUGAUACCUCAGACUCAGACUUCGACUCUGAAAUCGUCAUCACAACAAGGAGCACAGCUGAAUUCAAUCAAGCUGACUCUUUGGUUUUUGAACCACAAAAUCAAAGUACUCCCAAACUCAAACUGGAAGAUGAAAGAGAUGCUCCAAGACAUUCAUCAACAAUUCAGCCAGGACAGAUAACGAUAUCUGAUGAUGAGGAUCUGGAUCCACCUGAAACGGGUCCAGAAAAUACUUCUUGCUACAGUAAAUACACAGACCUGUAUUCACCAAAUGUUGAGCAAGAAAACGAAGAGCCAAUUGCUGUCAAUGUGAAUAAUUUCCAACACACAGCAAUGGAGGAGACGGACAUUACAUUACCUGACAUUGUAGCAAACCUGUCACUUCCUAUUGAUCAUAAAAUGGUCAGCCGGUUCAACAUCUCAAGGGCUAAUGUUUGGGAUGGGGCUGUCAGAGGUUUCAAGCGUACAACAUAUUCUGAAACCUGUGACAUGCUGGUCAAAUUUACGGAUGAUACUGGUGUUCUGGAGGAGGGACUUGACACUGGAGGUCCAAGACGAGAGUUUUUAACUCUAUUAAUGAAACACCUAAAAGACCGGCCCAUUUUUGAUGGACCAUAAGGACAUCGAUUCUUGGCCUACAAUGCAAACGGUAUGCAAAUGGGUUAGAUGUGUACUGUAGGCUACUUAAUGGUUGGUUAAUGGUCAUUGACCAUAUAUAUCACAUGACAAAUGCGUUUAUAUAACAGUAUAUAAUCCAUUGUUUGUUUUGCAAUAUGACUUUAUUUACAGCUGUUAGGGAGGAUGAAUACUACCUGGCAGGAAAGAUGAUUGCUGUGUCAGUUGUGCAUGGAGGUCCAG